GGGAUAGGGAGUUUCUGUUUCGACAGAGUGUUUCGGUUUCGAAUCAGUUUCAGUUCAGCUCGUGCGGCGGUACAACGGUGGUACUCUGUGGUACCCCAGUCGCGUGUAGUAGAGAAGGUAAUAUCAUGAAUUAGACAUUAUCGUAAAUUAUCGCGAUUCGCAGAUGAACUUUCCAAUUUCGUGAUUAUAUUUUCGUUUCGUGUAGUGAUUUCUUUGAUUUUUACUAGGAAUUAUGGGUUCCACACUAGUGAUGACAGAAUUCAAACGCAGCCCCAGCAAGGUCUGGUGGGCCAACGAAUCAGCCGAAUGGCGGGAAGUAUCGGCCAGCCCUGGCAGCCAGGACUCGGGCUUCUCGGACACGGAAACCUCCCCCCACAACGCCAAACAGGAGCACCAAGAAACCCCCAAGAAACCCUCCCCCGCUCAGAGGAUCCCCAAGGACAUCUUCAAGGAAACCUCCACUGCUCAGAGGAUCCCCAAAGACAUCUUCAAGGAACUGUCAUCGGAGAACACGCGACAGAACCUGACGGCGAAUUUCAGGGAGAAAUCCACGCCGGAAAAAUCCAAUUUGGCGCAGCGAUUGGUCAAGAGCGAGGUGAAAUUGUCGCCGAAGAGAGAGCGACAGCGGGACUUGAGAGAGUUGGCUAACAGCGAACCUAUACGGAGGAAUAGAUACACUAAAAAUUCACCGAAAGUCAGCAGAGGUUUAUUCAAACUCGAAGAAUGCGAUGCUCAUCAGUAUUCCGACGCAGUACAAUCAUCGGUGGACAACAACUCUCUCGAAGCCACACUAGCCGACAGUUACUCCUGGAGGUCCACCCAACAAACCGCCUCCGUCGAGAGCCUCUCGACCCGCUCUCUGCCCGCUUUAGCCCCCCGCAGGGCCCCCCGAGGGGCUAACAGGACCGCGCCCGGGGCCCUCCAGAGGCACCGGGUCCAGGAGGCUGCGUCGCUCGAUUGUUCUUUGUCGAGUGAUUGCGAGAGCGAGUUGGAAGGGCUGUUUGAUGGGGCUCUCGAGUCGCCCCAGCAUACCUCCACCCCCAAGGGAGGGGUGAGGCAGCGGGAAGAAGGGGGGCUGAUGAAGUUGCGGCUCAAGUAUCGGCACGAGAGGGUACCCCCGAUUCCCACACCCUUCGACGUCUUCUCCGACCUGCCAGACAAAGCCGCAGCAUCUUUGUGGGCCAGAGAAACCCGCCAAAGUUUCGAGCCCGAGUGUAUGACCACUCUCCAGGGCAAAUCGAUAGCCGGCGAGCUGAACCAGAAGGUUUCCCAGAGGGCGAGCCAGGUCACAGGGGUGCUGAGAGGGGUGUUAACGCUGUCCAGGUGCAUCGAGACAGAAUACAGGAAUUUAAACAACGGCGAAUUCAAGCACAUUAACCCCCUAGUACAAAGCCUGACAGGCAACAUAGUCGACUUCCUCAGAACCCACGCCCCCCAAACUAGCCCUGAAACCCUCCAACUCUGCGAGGACAUCCGAACAGCCAAAAGCGAAGACUCCCUGCAUCUCAUCAACCAACUAUUCUUGCACUGGCAGAAAAUCAGACAAGAACUCCUGAACAACCAAGCCAGAAACUUAGUGGAGAAGCUAGAGUAUCCCACUUCUGAGCUAGAUCUCCGCGCCUGCGUGACUGGCAUCAUCUCCCUAUCGCUCAGAAACGAAGAACUGAUCGAGAUCUUCACUCAGGCUGACGUCAUCCCUAUCCUCCUGAUCCUCUGCGAGAAGUGUGAGGGUUCCAGUUUGAAGGGACUGAUUCUCAGGGCACUGGCAACAAUGUGCUGCAAUUCCUCAGCGGUGCGACAGUUCGAGAAGUACUCAGGGGUGCAGAUCGUGGCUGAUACUUUGGAGGAGCAGUCGAGACCUGAACCUGAGCGGUCGGAGGCUGUGGCGCUGCUGGCUCAGGUUACUGCGCCUUGGUUGGAGGACAACCAUUCCGUCAAAGGUCUACAAGACUAUUCCCGAAAACUGGUUCGUUCUCUGACAAAGUUCGUUGCCAGCACACAGUGUUGCCAAAAUUUGUUGCUGUGUGCUGCUGCUUUGGCCAAUUUGAGCACCAUGGACGGUAAAGCGAUCAAGUUUAUGGUGCACAGCAACACCACCAGAGUCCUUCUUGAUGCUGUCAAAGCUCGAGGACCAAGAGCUUCGAUUUAUCUGCUAGAACAAGUAGCCACAUUGAUUGCCAACAUGUCAGCAUCAGAAGUGGCUAGGAAACAGUUGACCGAAGUUGAAGCGCCUAUCGUGCUUCUUCACUUUUUGAAAAUGAAUAAUUCUGGUGAAGAUGUGGAGAGAAGGCUUCAGCAGAAAAGCAUUAUCGCUUUGUCCAGGCUUUGUGGAGAUAGAACAGCUGCCACUCAAAUAGUCGAAUUGGGAGGAGUAGAAAAACUAGUCAAAAUGUGCAGAGAGAAAACCCAGAGAUUUGACAGUGAUGCUGUUCUGGUAGCAGCUCUGGCGACUCUCAGAAAGAUUAUCGACACGUGUGGAAGUGACGUCAUCAGUGCUUUGGACGCACAGGAGCUAGUGGAACCAAAGUUACUAGAUUCAUUUUUAGCAUACUCUACUCAAAACGAGAGCUACGUUUGAGAUAAGUGUCAAGUGGAUAAUGUGUACAUUAGUGGUGAUUCACUCUGGAAAUGAAAUGCAUAAUUGAGAUUGAAUUUCUACUUGAACUAAUUUUGUCGAGUGGAAUUUAAUUAUUGUGAAUAUAUUCAUGCAUUUGAUAGACUUGAAAAUUAAGUAGAAUGGGUGAAUAGAAACAGUUUUUGACUUUUCAGACUGUGUUGCUGAGAUGAUAUUCACAGUAUUGAGGAAGAAAUGUAUGGAACAUGUAUGUGACGGUUAUUAGAAGAGAGGGCAUGUAACAGAGUUUUGAAAAAUUUCGUAGUUUUUUUUUAACAAAUUGAAUUGUGGUGAUAUACUCGGUGGUGAUUUUCUAUUCCCCCUCCAAGCGGGGGAAUAGGAAUAAUGAUUGUUUUAGUACGUUAUUCGCUUGUGAACCAUCUGAGAGUUGAAUGGAAACAAGUUUAUUGAAUAAUUAAAUUUGUGGACAGCUAAAAACUUUAAAAAAUCAUGAAUAUAAUAUAAAAAUGGGGUGAAUAGAAACAGCAGGUCAAUAGAAACAGCAAGCAAAUACACACAAGAAAAGAUAGCUGGUUGUUUAAGAAAUAUAUAUGAUAAAAACCACUUGAUAUAUUACAGUUUUGAACGCAAUGUUGAUUUUAUUAUUAUUUAUUCAUUUAUUGAAUCAAGUAAAAUAUAUAUUUUGUCAUCGAAUAUCAAUUACAUGUAUACACAGGGUGUCUGUAAAAGGUUGGGGCAUGGCUCGGCUGUGGACUCUUGGGAUAAAAACAAGUUGAUUCAGACCAACUUACCUAUAUCCAAAAUCGUCUCGUUGAGUUGGUACAAGGCGUUGAAGUUUUUUUGGAAAGAUUGCUCAUAAAAAGAGUAGGCUGAGAUCGAUUUUCAUAAUUUUUGACAUAGCAUGUUCUGUGACAGUAUGUCAAAUUUUGAGAUGUUUUUGAUCAUCAUCAGUGACCUGCAAGUGUUUCAAACAACCAUGUUGCCGUACAAAUUUGGUGAUAACUUUUCAGAGGUCGGACUGGAAACUUCCAAUUAUUUUUCCCAGAAAGAUAUUUCCUUCAGAAAUAUUUUGUGUAUCGUGUUAAUUUUUGAUAAUUCUCGAGGUUCAUUUGCAAAUAAAUAAUUUCUGAUCUGAGGCAUCUUAUGCAUUUUUUAAAAAAAUAAUCUGGUUGGGACAUGGCUUGACAAAGCGUUAAAGUGCUCACCUCAGGUCCUGAAUAGUUAUCGCUAAAUUUGUAACGCGAGAGUUCUUGUGAAGCCCGCGAGGACCAGCAACAUAUCAGUUUGUCAACAAUAAGAAUACAUUGUAGCCAUGAUCAAUAAACAGUCCGACUAAUUAGAUCAAUUUUCGAAAAUGCGCAGGAUGCACCAUAUAAGAAAUUAUUUAUUUGCAAAUGAACCUCGAGACUUAUUAAAAAUUAACACAAUACAAAAAAUAUUUCUGAAGGACAUAUCUUUCUGGAAAAAAAAAUUGGAAAUUUCCAGUCUCACCUUAGAAAAGUUAUCACCAAGUUUGUACGGCAACAUGGUUGUUUGAAACACUUGCAGGUCACUGAUGAUGAUCGAAAACAUCUCAAAACCUGACUUACAGUCACAGAACAUGCCAUGCCAGAAAUUAUGAAAAUCGAUCUCAGCCUACUCUUUUUAUGAGCAAAAUUAUUUUUUUCUAAAAAAACUUCAACGCCUUGUACCAACUCAACGAGACGAUUGGAUAUAGGUAAGUUGGCCUAAAUCAACUUGUUUUUAUCCCAGGAGUCCACAGCCGAGCCAUAUGUCCCAACCUUUUACAGACACCCUGUAUAUUUCAUAUUGUAUCUCCAGCGAAGAGACAAAUGUCUAUUCGCUGGUAUCUUCUUCACAUAGAUUAUUGUCCUGCGUGUGAAAGAGAUGAAGUAUUUCACGUAUGACAUUGUUUUUCCAUAAGUUAAAUACUCAAACUGAAAAAAAAAAUCAAUUCAUACAAUUGUAAACUAUGAUUAACUCGUAGGCUUCGAAUUAACAAUUUAUUAUCGGGAAUGACCAAACUGGGUAUAUUUAACAAGAAUUCUAUCAGAACUAGAACAACGCUUAAUGACUCAACGUUACAACGUCAAUGUGUCAUAAUGACAAUCCUGUUUUCUUGUCGUAUACUGGGAGAUCCGAAUGUGCUUCAUACGGGGUGAUUAUACAAUAAUGCAAAUAAAUGAAAAUAAAGAAAAAUAGAGUUGAUUAAAAAAGAUCAUCGAUAUUUUUCUCAUUUUCUAUAAGCCAACUUUUAACUUCUUUUUUGAAAGUUAUUAUAUUUAGGUGUUUUCAUUUUGAUGGUAUUUUAUUAUAAAUUUCAGAUCCAAUAAACUUAAGAUGUUUUUCUAAAAUUGUAAUAAGCUUAUGUUUUUCAAGUCGUACGAUAUGUUGAUUUUGUUUCUUGUAUCAUAACCAUAAUUUCCUGGAUUAUAUCUUGAUUUUUUUUCACCUUAGUAGGUACAUAAAGUUUAUUUAGCCAAUACACAGGUGUCACGAUUAUAUGUUCGACUAAAAUAACGCAACAUAUGCAAUUCGUAAACCAGAUAGGAUUUGAAGUUUCUAGAAUUUAAUUUGAAAUGCUCUAUACUUGUUUCUAUUCCACCCAUUUUACUUAUCUAAUAUGACGAAUAUAUGGGAUUGAUCCAAGUAAUUAUACAAACGUGUACUGGAAGGUCCGCCAUAUUUAAUUUUUAAUUUUUACUGUGAAAAUGAAGAUGUUCGAAUUCUCAAUUCAUAACCAAAGACUCGAAUUAUUGUAGAACAAUGAUCAGAGACUCCUGAUCUCCAAAUCCUUGAAAAAAUAUAGGUACAAAUCAAUAUUUUCCAUAGCACUCGUUAAAUUCGAAUUCGAACGGCCAUGUUGGAACAUGUUGUCUCCAAAAUGACAUAUAUAUUAGGAACGCUCCCUGUAUAUAAAACCAAUGGAGGAAUUCAGCAAAUAAGAUUUUGUCUUUGUCUUGAAGGGUUCCAACGUAAAAUGAUGGACAUCUAUGAAUGUUGGUACAAAAAAAAUUAGAAGAAAUAAUCGAAAUGUCUUAUUUUCCAAUUUGUUCCAUAAUUUGUGUUACCAGGAUGAUAUUUGAAUUAUUUUACAUUGGAAUCUUGAAAACAGAAAGGGAAAGACGUAUUAUUUUUUCUCUCUCGAGGCUAGCUGAACUUUUCAUCCAUUAAUAUUUUAGUUGUAAUUCCUGAUAGGCAGUUGUUAUCUUUUUGUCGCCAACAAAAUGAUGACUAAGAGAUUGAAUUUUUCAGUUUCAAUUGUUUUGUAGCAGAUUCAGGAAUUUCGUGAGCCGUUUUUGAAUUUUACACACUCUAUAAAAUAUUCCGGAAAGAUAGUCAAAAGUGUCUAGGCUAUUAAAAUUAUGAAAUAAUAAUUCAUGAGACUGUUUAUUUCUAUUUUAUGUUCAAAUUAGCCAUAUUAUGUUUUAGCAAGUUUUGUUUAUAUUUAGCUGUUUUAUCUGCAGAUAGAAUUUUAUAAUUUGUUAUUUUGGUAAUUUAUUUCUCUGUGUAUAAUAACCGUUUUUGUAAUUGUAGUUUCAAGGAUUGAAAUGAAAAGAAAUGAUUUUGUCAACCAUUAGUCCAUUAAUGAUAAUAAUUAUUAUUGGGAGUAUUGUGACUAAUCAUAUCUCCAUAAUAAAUAUAUGCAUAUUUUCUGAAUUUUGUCCUUACGAUAUUAUCAAUAGUUACCAUAUUGAAAAUAAAUGAUUCAUACUUGGUGUAAACCUGUUUCUUUUAUUUUGAUUUCUUUCUUAUGAAUUCCUCCAGCAAAUCUAGAAAAAUAAGCAUAAUCCACAACAAAUUUGUACUCUCUGUAUAAAAAUAUGUCUUCUGAAUCUCAGGUAGAAAUGCAUAGCUCAAAGUGAAGUUACUGAUAUCGAGUUUGUACUUACAAAGAUGUGAAAAAAAUACGUCCUUCUAACAAAAAGGCACUGGUAGACAAUUUCUUAAUACAGG